AUGGCAAUGGCAGGGCGAUUAAGAUCGGGUAAUCCAUUCCUUCGUCGAGUCCUUACCUCCGACACUAUCUAUGCCGUCUCCGCCCAGAGACCCGCCGCACCAAAAUCCCUCCUCCGGCCUCUCACCAAUACCGAGCUAUCGAGGGACUUUGCCACUGCCUCCACAUCUACUGAGCAAAAAGUUAAGGUUCCUGUGACAAUGUUUGGUGUGUCUGGAAACUAUGCUUCAGCUUUGUACAUUGCGGCAGUUAAAGCUAAUGUGUUGGACAAGGUUGAAUCCGAGCUUACUGGCCUCGUUGAGGCUUCAAAGAGAAGUCCUGCAUUUUCUCAGUUUAUGAAGGAUUUAUCAGUAACUGCUGAUGUCAGAGUGAGGGCUGUAAAUGAAAUUAGUACUGAAGCUAAAUUUUCAGAUAUUGCGAAGAACUUCUUGGCUGUUGUAGCUGAAUUUGGGAGGCUGGCACAUUUAGAGCAUAUAGCUCAGAGAUUUACGGAGCUGAACAUGGCACACAAGGGAGAAGUUAAAGUCAUUGUAACAUCUGUGAUUCCUCUACCUCAAGAAGAGGAGAAAGAGCUGAAAGAAACAUUGCAGGAUAUGAUGGGUCAGGGGAAGAAGGUUAAGGUUGAACAGAAGAUUAAUCCCAGCAUUCUUGGUGGGCUUGUGGUGGAAUUUGGACAAAAAGUUUUUGACAUGUCCAUAAAGACUAGGGCACGCCAGAUGGAGCGAUUCCUGCGGGAACCUGUCAACUUGGACAGCUAA